CUACAUCAACACAAUCUAGGUCAGUCGGAAACCUCCCGCUCAAAGCUUUGACGACCCAAGUCCGCCUGGCCAUACGACCCUAUAAUACUGAUUACUAUGGACAAUUCUCAAUUUCGGGCCCUACUUCAAAAUGGGCGGCCGGCCAACGAAUCGCCCACCACAUCGUCCUCCGCGGGGUUCAAGAAGCCUGCACUCGGUUCAAGAUCUCACGCCUCGAUACCCAUGACGCCUCGCUCAGUGCCUGGCUAUAAUUCUUCCAAGGAAUUCGCAAAACAGGUUUCAGAACGCGGUCGCGAGCGAGACGGACAGCCACCGACGAAGAAAUUCAAGUCGAGCGCGGCUCCGAAAGGCACCAAACUUGCGUCGGGAUAUGAAGACCGCACAUUGGCUCGACGAUCGGGCGGUGACGGCGACGUGACGAAAGAUGACAAAGAGAAGCGGCUCAAAGCGCUGGAAGAGAUGCACAAACUACAACAGAUAGACGAGGCCAUGUUCGAGAGGUUGAAGAGCGAAAUUGGAGUUGGUGGACGUCUGAACAGUACACAUUUGGUGAAAGGGCUUGAUUGGAAACUACUGGACCGCAUACGGAAAGGGGAAGAUGUGAACAGCAAUCCUACGAAGGACGAAGAACCAUCUAUUGAGGCUGCCAAACUUGACGUCGACGAAGAAUUGGAUCAAGUGCUGGAUAAAGAGGUUCAAGCUAGGGAUUCUGCUGCGAGAAAAGAACAGCCCGAAACAGCCGAAGGUGGGCCAGAUGAAGAGCAGCCAUUGACGAGAAAUGAAAUAUUGCAACGCUUGAAGCAGAGUCGAGCUGGGAAAGUGGCAGAGUUACCACCACAGCCCGUUCUAAGUGAUCGAUUCAAGAAGGUAGGCUCGGAGAAAAAAACGGACAAGAAGAAAUUCGUCGAGGUUGUGAACGGGAGGAGAAGGGAGGUCCUUGUUAUAACCAACAAUAAGGACGGCACAACCAAAAGGAAGACUCGAUGGCUCGACAAGGAGGACGAGGGUGCGCCUAAAGAGACCCAACCUCUUGGAAUGGAAGUGCCUGCACAAUUCCUUGCCAAACAGAAGGCGGCUCUAGAGCAACAAGCGGCUGAAGACGAGGAUGACGACAUCUUUCAAGGCGUCGCAGAUUAUGACCCCCUCGCAGGACUGGGUAGCGAUUCUGAGGAGGGCGACAAAGCUGGCGACACAAGCGCAACCGAAGCAAAGGCAACAACCAUCGACAAGCCACGAAAUUAUUUCGGGUCAAGCAAUCAACCUGACGAGGCCGAAGACAGAGCCAACCCAAUCAUGAAAGACCCUACACUCCUUGCCGCUCUCAAGCGGGCCGCUGGUCUUAGAAGAAGCGAGGAGCAGCCUGACGACGAGACGGCUGAUUCGGACCCAGACCGUGCUGCAAAGCGUCAGCAAUUGCUGGCGCGGCUGAAAGAACGCGAUCGUGCAGAUGCAGCCGAUCUGGAUCUGGGCUUCGGUGAAAGUCGGUUCGGAGAUGAAGACGAUGAUGAAGGGGCUGUAUGGGACGACGAAGAGGGGGCUGGGAAGAAGAGUGGGAGGAAAAGGGGACCGAAGAAACGCAAAGGUGACAAAGACAAUGUGGGCGAUGUGAUGGCAGUGCUGGAUGGCCGGAAGAAAGAGAAGUAGUUGUUGCCCUAUGCAAAAUUUUGGGGUUAUCCAUCAACUCUCGAAAAAUUUGGUGGCAUUGUGCGCUGUAUGGAGUACGUCGUAGUCGAUUACAU